AUGGGAAAAUCCCAGAAAAAAAGAUCUAUGCGACGGCAUAAUCCUAUGCGAGUUCCCGACUCUCAUCUUCCGAAAGGUCUUGCGUCUGCAUCCUCUUCUUCGUCAAAAAAUGAAGCUAUCCUACCCAUCAUGCAAAAACUGGAGAGCGCCGAUCCCGCCGAGCGAAGAUGGUCCUGUGUGGCCAUCUCCAACCUGAUUAACAACGACCCCUCCACACGAAGGCUACUACAGGGGAAGAAUAUCGUCGGCGCUCUGAUUAGCAGACUCUCCGAUAGUGAAGAGGAGGUUGUCGUAGAAGCUGCUGGUUCUUUACGUAAUUUAUGUAUCGACGGCGGAUACGAUAUCUGUGCCGAAAUGUACAACAAGAAUAUUAUCGCCCCCCUUCAGACUUUCAUACCCAAGAUCUCGACAACCCUAGCCCAGUAUCUCGAGUCGCCCAAAUCUGCUCCGGAGAAUGCACAAAAAGUAGUCUACGAGUUUGCCGAUAAUGUGAUCACGAUCCUAUGGUGCCUCUCUGAGACGUCCCAUAAAGCGUUGACUGCGGUCAACCAGCUCUCACUAGUACCAUUUCUCAUGUCCUUUCUCGUAUCUCGCGAGAAUCUCCCACUCACGACCGUGACAUCAGCAGCACAAUGUCUUUACGUUCUUACCGACGACAACUACCCAGCUAGCGUCCAGAUCAAGACAAACUCUGCUUACUCUGCCUGUUUGUUGGAGAUCGCACAGACGAGAGCAAGUCUCCCAACCGCGAAAGGAAAAUCUGUGAAGGCCGAGGAGCGCGCGAUUACGCUCUGCGUGCUUGCUUGUGGCAUUCUUCGGAAUGUGGCACCACUCCCACCACCGUCGGCUGUCGCUGCGUUAGACCUCGACAAGGACGUAGUGCUCCCCGUACUCGUACCCGUCGUUUCAGCAGUUUCGCUAUCUGACGCAUCACACGCUGUAGAAGUGCUCGUGCAGCAGCAGGCCGUAGAGCCAAAGGAAGAAAAGUCCGUAAAAGGCGCUCCUAAGUCUGACCACAGGACUCCGACCGAGAUCGAGCUGGAUAGAAUCGAGACCAUGCUCAGGACCGUGCAUCUAGCACUGGAGAUCUUAACAGGGGUCUGUGCCACACUUCCGGAACCUGAAGCCUUCGAAGGCGAGGAAGAGGAAAUCGAGGAGGACGAGGAAGAAGAUGCUGAAGAUGUGCCUGCUGCCACUGAAAGCGCACCAUUAACUAACGGGCCAACGUCUUCGAGCGCUUCAUUCCUGCCCACUCUCCUUCAACCACUCCUCUCACUUAUACAACCCACAUCACUCUCAUUCCCUCCACCCAACGCACUCUCACCCCACCCGCCAACGACAUCCGUGCUCAGUUCAAUUCACAUAUCUGCAUUAGAGUGUCUGAACAACGCGUUCCUCUCCCUCGCUGCCAAUGUCAAUCCUGCCGUCGCUGCUGAUCUUGAAUCUGGUACCCGGGUCUGGGAGGCGUUGUGGAACGCUCUGAGUGCUACCGGCACUGGUGGUGGAUUGGGGCAGGAGAAGAAGACUGAGGUAUGGGAGAUCGCGGUGGGCGUUCUGUGGGGCGUCGGGAUCGUGUGGACGGGGAAGAUGGUCCCACAAGAAGACCACUUAAAAGUACUCAUUCAGCUUUGCGAUAGUACAAAAAGCGAGGCUGUCAAGGUCAAGUGCAUCGGCACCCUGGAGAGCCUUGCACAACACCCACAGUCAAUAGACGCUAAUCGGGUCAUAUCUGCCUACUUCAUCUCUUUGCUUCCGAGCCCUACAUCACCUUCGCCCGUGGGCACGGAACCUAUGCUACAAGCCCUAUCUGCUCUGAUAGAUAUCUACUCCGACGAGACCAUGCCAUACGACGUGAAUUUCAGGCAAGGAAACUAUCUGGAUACGCUCACGGGGUCCGUUGAGGCUGUGAGGAAGGCAGUGAAGGGUAUCGACAGGAAAAAGGAAGGAGGCCGUGAGCUGAAGCUUAGGGGAGAGGAGGUUCGGGAUAAUUUGGUGGCUUUCAUCAAGUACAGGAGACGUCUGGGGCUGUAG